AUGAACCCCGAUGGCCUCCUCUCUAACCUCAACCCCUCCCAACAAGCCGCCGUAUCCUCCUUCGCUGACACCCUCGCUAUCCUAGCUGGUCCAGGAAGCGGAAAAACACAUACCCUCACCUCUCGCACAGCCUGGCUCCUAGCUCAAGGUCUGCAGCCAUGGAACAUAAUCGUCGCGACCUUUACGGUCAAGGCAGCGCGUGAGAUGAAGGAACGGAUUGGCAAGCUACUUGGGAACGGAUUAGAGUCGAAACUUAUACUGGGCACGUUCCAUAGCAUUGCGCGGCGCUACUUGGCGCGAUACGGACAUCUGAUUGGGAUUAAAAAGGACUUUGGCAUUGCGGAUACGGCGGAUUCAUUGGCGAUUAUAAAGAGGAUUUGCAAGAGGCAUCAUCUCAACAUCGAUCCCAAGGUUGCGAGGUCUCGGAUUAGUGGGACGAAAGCGAGGGCUGAGAAGGAGCACGAGGAGAACAAGUCUGGCGCGAAGACUGUGGAUGCGCAGGAGUUUGAGCUUUGUUGUGCGGAGUAUGAGGCUGCGUUGCAGAGAUCGAACCUCUUGGAUUACGACGACCUGCUUCUCCGAUGUGUGGAUCUGCUUCGAAACCACCCGUCUUGCGUGUCAAAUGUGGAGGCAGUGCUGAUUGACGAGUUCCAAGAUACGAAUAUUGUUCAAUUUGAUCUCAUGCGGUUAUUUGCUGCAGAGAGGAAACGAAUCACCAUCGUGGGAGAUCCGGAUCAGAGUAUAUAUGGGUUUCGAGCUGCCGAGAUCAAGAACUACAGGCGGAUGCUGCGUCAAUAUCCGGAUACAGUUACGAUUGCUCUAGAGGAGAAUUAUCGGUCGUCAGGCGCUAUCUUGCAUAUGGCGUUGAGCAUCAUUCAGCAGGACGAUUCCCGGGUGGCUAAAUCACUUACAGCAACGCAUAUGGUUGGAACUAGACCCGUACUAAGACGGCUUGCGGGAGCUUAUAAAGAGGCCGAAUGGAUUGUAACGGAGAUUCAGAGGUGCAUGGGAAUGACUGGUGGUCUAAUGGAUUCGAACGACAUUGCCAUUCUUUUGCGGUCGGCCUCUCUCUCCCGUCUCAUUGAGACCGCCUUGGGAAGAGCAGGUAUAGCGUAUCGAAUGGUUGGUGGACUUCGAUUUUAUGACAGACUUGAGAUCAAGACAAUUCUGGACUAUUUAAGGGUUAUCAACCAGCCAGAUAGCAAUGAUGCACUAGCUCGAAUUAUUAAUACCCCUUCAAGAAGAAUUGGCGAUGCUACGAUCAAAUCAUUGCUGGAGGAAGCGGACCAGGCCAAAAUCACACUUUGGGCCUUGAUUCUGGGAAUAGUAAAGGACACACGAAAGCCAACUACGAAAAUCCAGAAAGUGACGGAGCACGGGCUUACAAAAUUGGUCGAUAUGGUUCUCACUGCGAGGAAGAAACUAUCGGCUCCUGCCGAGGAACGAAUCUCCACGGUCAAGCUUAUCAACUUCGUACUGGAGAAGACGAACUAUGAACAGUGGUUAGAAGAGCGCCAAGGGGAUGCCCAUAAAGCCCGUUGGGACAACGUGCAAGAACUCAUAACACAAGCAAAUGAUUUUCAGGAUCUCCUCUCGUGUGGCUAUGAAGACGAGACCCUACCCGAGAUUGAUGGAUUGAUGCAAGAGGAAGAUGAGGAUCAUCUGUCCAGGUUCCUUGCCAACGUGGCACUUGCAUCAUCAGAAGCUAGGGCGGAAGAUGAUGAAGGCGUGCCAACUGCUCAAGUCACAAUAUCAACUAUCCAUGCGGCGAAAGGACUCGAGUGGCCAGUGGUGUUUAUCCCAGCUACCUACCAAGGCUCCAUACCUCAUUCUCGAGCAGAAGAUACAAAUGAGGAGCGACGACUAUUAUACGUUGCUAUGACCAGGGCCAAGGCAUUGCUAUAUAUGAGUUAUCCACUCAAAAAUUCGCAAGGAGAGCAAACAAUAUUGUCACCUUUUCUGGCUCCGCCUGGAAUAGCUCCGCUUAUCGAUAUGAGAGGCCCUGCUCUAGGUUCAUCGACGGUUCAAUCCGUUUCGCAGAUACUCAGACGAUCGUGUCCAUCCCCUGCAUCCAUUUCAGAAUCGAGAUCCUUUCUUCGAAGUUCAGAAGACGAUCUCUUCCCGGUAGAUGGCGAGGAGGAUAGCGACAAUGUAGAGUCAAGGUGGAGAAAUGAGCAUACGACAGGAAAUCGAACACAUAUGAUAGGGCAGCAGCCUCCCAAGCGUCGAAAGAUAGAGCUUGACCGCUCGGUUAGUAAUCCUGAGGAAAGAUAUGAAUGCAGUUGGAAACCGUCCUAUAUAACCACAAUGGAUCGAGCGUCAAGCUUUACAAGCACUACCAUUCCAGGGAAGACUGAAUUUGUUAAUGUCAGGGCAAAUCUCCAAGUCCUGCAAGAGCAGUCUGUCAAAACUGCUGCUGCAACAAUAGAGAAGGAGACUGUCUCGAGGAGACAACCUCCACAAAAUCCGGCUGUGAAGAAGAAGGCAAAGGCUCUUGUAGGGCAAGGCACUUUAUUUGGGUUUCUAGGAAAGCCGGAACCCGCGGAAGAACCCCCUCUUCCAAGUUUACGGGUGACGCUCUCAAAUGAGAUAAAGACCAAUCCUUAUGCCCAAGUUAUGCCCAGCAGUUUCAGUCGACCUCGUCCAAACCCCGCUCAACAGGAUGUAAUUGGAAUCGACCCUUCUCUCGCCAAUCGCCGCAUUGGUCCUUCAGCAGGUCACCGGCCAUACCAGAAACUUCCUCUACAGCAGAAGCGAAAUGAUUACGUCUUUCUCUCAAGCCCACCGCAAAAACCAAAACCACCAUUGCUAGAAGAAGAUGUCGUCGCUGAAAAGCCACCGGGCUUGACUUCGAAUCCUCCACUGCUACCCCUCAUCCGUGCUGCGACAACAUUUCAUAGUACCACCGUUUCCGAGGUCGGAACAUCCAAGAAGACAUACGGAAUCAACAGGAAAAUGGAUGGCUGGUCGAGUAAGAAUCGGCAAGCUUUCCGUCCACCGACUAUGAAACGGCCUGGUUGA